AUGAUAAAUCCUUGGAAGAGUUUGAGGUCAAUAGGUCUUUUGAGAUUCCAAUCGACUGUGACUAGAUCAAUUCCAAUAAUAAAUAAAACAUCAUUAUUAGAUGAAGAAAUUUCAGAAUUAGAAAAAAGAGACAAGAUUUUCAAGAUGCAACAAAAGUUAUCAGCAACCAAAACGAAAAUUAAGGAUUAUUCUCGUGGUGAUGCUUUACCUGGGUCAAGAAAUUUCAGAAAACCUAUUCAUGAUCAUUUAUACAAGGGAAAACCAAUCAGAGAAUUAACUAUUGCAAAGAAGAAAACCUCAGGUAGAAAUAAUACCGGUAAAAUUACCAUCAGAGGAAGAGGUGGUGGUCAUAGAAGGAGAGUUAGAUUGGUUGAUACUCAUCGUUUGACACCUGGAAAGCAAACUGUUGUCAGAAUCGAAUAUGACCCAAAUAGAUCAGGUCAUAUCGCUUUAUUGAAGCACAAUGAGACCGGGGACUUAUCUUAUAUUUUAGCUACUAAUGGUUUGAGAGCAGGUGAUGAAGUUGAAUCAUUUAGAGCUGGUAUCCCUGAAGAUUUUAUUAACGAAAUGAAUGAAACUAAUGGUGGAGAAGUCGAUGAAGCUUUAUUAAACGGUAGAACCAUCCAAAGAGGAAACUGUUUACCUUUGAAAAUGUUACCCGUGGGAAGUAUAAUUCACAAUAUUGGUUUACAACCAGGCGGCAGAGGUCAAUUAGUCAGAUCAGCUGGAUCAUUUGCAAGAUUAUUAUCAAAACAUCCAGAAAAGAAGAAAGUUGUUGUGAGGUUAAGUUCAGGUGAACAUCGUUAUAUCCAUAUGGACUGUCAUGCUACUUUAGGUAUUGUUUCCAAUCCAGAACACCAAGCUGUGUCAUUGGGUAAAGCAGGUAGAUCUCGUCAUUUAGGUUUCAGACCUAUGACAAGAGGUGUAGCUAUGAACGCUCAUGACCAUCCUCAUGGUGGUGGUAGAGGUAAAUCCAAGUCCAAUAAAGUAUCACAAUCGAUGUGGGGAAUUAAAAAAUUCGCCAAAACUAGAAAAUUCAAGCAUGUUAACAAGAAUAAAGUUAAAGAUAGAAGAGAAUAG